AUGGCUAAAACGUCCUUUCUCAUCCACUACAGCAUGGACAGGCCAAUUGUUUUGCUGGUGCUAGAGGAUAUUGCUUUUCCAGCUGGAUUUGCUUGGGGUGCAGCUACAGAGGCAUAUCAAAUUGAAGAAGGCUGGAAUGCAGAUGGAAAGGGCCCUAAUGUCUGGGACACAUUCACCCAUCAGGGAGGAGAUCGAGUUUUCAAGAACCAGACUGGUGAUGUAGCUUGUGGCAGCUACACUCUGUGGGAGGAAGAUUUGAAAUGUAUCAAACAGCUUGGAUUGACUCAUUAUCGCUUUUCUCUUUCCUGGUCACGUCUGUUACCUGAUGGGACGACAGGUUUCAUCAACCAGAAAGGCAAUUUCAAUUACAUCAACAAAAUCAUUAAUAACUUGGCAAAUGGCAUCUGCUUACUGUAUCACUUUGACUUACCUCAGUCUUUAGAAGAAAGGGGCUGGAGAUCUGAAAAGAUCAUUGAGACUUUUGAUAUUCAUGCAAAAUAUUGCUGCAGAGCAUUUGAAGACUGAGUGAAUCUGUGGAUGACUGUUAAUAAGCCUUAUGUUGUUGGUGUAGAUGGUUGUGAAAAGGGCAUAGCCCCAGCUACAACAAAACCUGGCACCAGAGCUUACAUGGCAGCUAUCCUUUACCCUAGAUAG